GAACUUGACCGGAGCUCGUGUCUCUCAUCCCCGCUGACGGCUGCUCUCCUCCGGCCUGAUUCUCCGCUGCUCUCCGGCUCUCCUCGGCUCUCCCUCCUCUCUCUGUCCGCUGUAGGUGCACUCUCCGCGGAUAAAUAUGGCCAGCAGCUUCUCCCGGGUCCUGUCCUCCAGGCGGCACCUUGGCCUGCUGUCUCUGGCCGGGGCUGGCUCCGUGACCGCCGCCUUCCUCCUCCAUCAGCAGCGGGACCGAGCCGUGAGCGCCGAGGCCGUGAGGAGGAGAUACCCCGCCAGUGCGGACUAUCCCGACCUCCGCAAACACAACAACUGUAUGGCCAGUCACCUGACUCCAGCCAUCUACGCCAAACUGUGUGACAAGUCCACCCCCAAUGGCUACACGCUGGACCAGGCUAUCCAAACCGGAGUGGACAACCCUGGACACCCCUUCAUCAAGACUGUAGGCAUGGUGGCAGGAGACGAGGAGAGUUAUGAGGUGUUUGCAGAUCUGCUGGACCCUGUGAUCAAAGAGAGACACAACGGCUACGACCCCCGAACCAUGACUCAUCCCACCGACCUGGACUCCAGCAAGCUUACGUCGGGUAUGUUUGAUGAGAAGUAUGUGCUGUCAUCUCGUGUGAGGACAGGGCGUAGUAUUCGGGGGCUCAGUCUGCCCCCUGCCUGUACUCGGGCAGAGCGGCGAGAGGUGGAGCGUGUGGUGGUGGAGGCUCUGUCCGGACUCAAGGAAGAUCUGGCCGGGAAGUACUACAGUCUGACCCAGAUGACUGAGAAGGAACAACAACAGCUCAUAGAUGAUCACUUCCUGUUUGACAAACCUGUGUCUCCGCUGCUCACCUGUGCGGGUAUGGCCCGGGACUGGCCCGACGCCCGCGGCAUCUGGCACAAUAACGAGAAGACGUUUCUGAUCUGGGUGAACGAGGAGGACCACACCAGAGUCAUCUCCAUGGAAAAGGGCGGCAACAUGAAGAGAGUGUUUGAAAGGUUCUGUAGAGGGCUCAAAGAGGUGGAGCAUCUGAUUCAGGAGCGUGGCUGGGAGUUCAUGUGGAAUGAGAGACUCGGGUACAUCCUCACUUGCCCCUCCAACCUGGGCACAGGGCUGAGAGCGGGAGUGCAUGUCAAACUACCUCUGCUCAGCAAGGACCCGCGCUUCAAUAAGAUCCUGGAUAACCUGCGUCUGCAGAAGAGAGGCACAGGGGGCGUCGACACCGCCGCUGUGGGUGGAAUCUUUGACAUCUCCAAUCUGGACCGACUCGGACAGUCUGAGGUGCAGUUGGUGCAGACCGUGGUGGAUGGUGUGAAUUACCUCGUGGAGUGUGAGAAGCGUCUGGAGAAAGGUCAAGACAUCAAAGUCCCUCCACCUAUCAAGACGUUCAAGUAGAGAGCGCCCCCUGCAGCCACACCCCUAUAUCUGACAGAGCGCCCCCUGCAGCCACACUCCUGUAUCUGCCAUGUGUAAUCUACAGUCAAUAAUCACCAUUAGCAUCAAAAGCCAUUCAUCAAAUCUAACUGUGAAAAGAGGGAAGUCAUUUAUUUCAAUGAGGAUUUUAUGAAUGUUUGAAGGAGCUUAGUGGAGUUUUUUAGUUUAAAAGCACAGUUUAAGCACAGGGAGAGAAAGGUGCAUAUUUAAUUAAACUAAUGCUAUUUAUUACAUCACAUGUUCAUCAUAUUAUAAACUUUAAAAUACGUUUGACUCCUGUCAGAAUGAAAUUUGUAUAUCUGCUCUUCCGUUAUUACCAAACACAAACCUAAACAUGCACUUUUUUAUCCAUUUGAUUUACAUUUUUAAAAGUACAGGUCUAUAAUAUUUGUGUCUGUAGCUGAAUAAUAAUUGUAUCAGUUUAGAGCCAGUUUAAAUGUUGAGAUGAGUUUCAGCUGAAUGUCUGUCCACUCUGAGAGGAAGAAAGCCUCAAAUCCAGGGUUAAUCCACACAUGAAUAGUCUGUAUAUAAUGAUCUGUACAUGAGUGUCUUUCAUGUUUUGAUUGUAGUGGUUCUGGUGCAUUUAAAGGCGCUAUUUUUGUUUCAGAAAAUUAUUUAAAUUAUAGUUUCAAUGUUAAGUCUUUUCUUUUGUCUAAUUAUCAAAAUGCAUUUUAGAUGAUCCAGUCCCUGAUUUUAAGAAUGCCAGAGUAAAGGUGGCAUGAAGAGAUAAGGAAAAGAGAGAAGGAGGCUAGGAAAGGAGACAAGGAGGCAUGUGAGGAAGCGUCUAAGUCCUGUUUGUUUCAUCAGUGUGACUUAAGUCUGUUCUGCAUCUGUAUGAUAUAUGUAAUAUCCAUCUAAAGUAAACAUGAUAAACUAAUAUAAAGUGGAUUUAUAAAGCCAUACUACAUUACCCACGAUGCAUUUCAGUCUGCAGUAACAUCACCAGGCUUUAACAGUAUCCAAAUAUUUACUAAACCAUGACAUAGUGUUAUACCAGGACUAAACACAGACUAAACUAGGACUAAACCCAGACUAAACCAAGACUAAACCAGGACUAAUUACAUAUUAAAUUAGGACUAAGCCCAGUCUAAACCAGGACUAAACCUGGACUAAACCAGGACUAAACCCAGACUAAACUCAGACUAAACCAGGUCUAAAUAAAGACUGAACCGAGACUGAACAUGGGCUAAACCUAGACUAAACCAGAACUAAAAUAGGUCUAAACUAGGGUCUGUUCUUUCUACAACUCUUUUGCUUGAGAAUAUUUUAUGCAAUAACCUGACUUCUCCUUUACCUGUCGAAGCCCCGCCCUCCACUGUUUCCAUGGUGACGUGAAUGUCUCUGAUGAAUGUCUCAUAUUUUAAUAAAGCUCAUCUUUGACAAA